AUGCUGAUUCCGCAGCUCAAAGAAGCGAAGAACGUAUUUACCCUUUACCACCUUUUGAAUACAAUUUUAUCCGUUACCUUUCUUUCGACUAAAGGUAUUCCGGAGAUUUGCCAAUGGUUUUUUGUCUCUGAAGAUGGAGAGUGUGCCCUUGACUCGAGAGAACGAGAGAUUCUGAUCUUUCUGGCAGUGGUUAUCGCUUGGAAAGGGAGGAAAACGACGAACUAUCUACAUUAUAUUAACAACAUCUUUCUCUUCUCUAAAAUCGCCAACAUAGCUUUAUUUCUUCGUGCGGAUGCCUUCAUUGGAGUUAUAUAUCUUCUAAUUGUUGUCGUGGUUACUGUGUUAGUGCCGGAACCAAUUUAUAGCGGCCCUGAGAAAAUUACGUAUUUCCAAGGAGUAGAACUUUUUGAAGAGUUGAACAAAGAUCGUAAAUCAAUAUUCAUUAUUCAAUUUUACACCACUUGGAGUCCUGAGUGCAAACAUGCAACACCUGUGUUCGCGCAACUAAGUGAAAGAUUUUCCUUGCCGAAUCUCCGCUUCGGAAAACUUGAUGUUGGGCGGUGGCCAAAAGAGGCAGAGCGAUUUCGUGUCAAUGCGCAUCCAACAUCUCGUCAAUUGCCUACUAUAUGCGUGUUUAAGGAUGCCAAGGAAAUAAAACGAAGACCACUUGUCAGCGAAAAGCGGCGAGCUAUUCCCUUCGUAUUCAACCAAGACAACUGCAUACGAGACUUUGAUCUGCUGAAUAUGCACAAGGAAUGUUUGGAUGGUCUAUCUUCCAAAGAUAGAAGGGAAAUUGAGGAGGAAAAGAAGUCUCGGUAA